AUGGAUGGGUAUAUGUGUCAAUUGCUCUAUACUGUAAGGACCUCGAUUUCCGAUCAUUUGGACACAGGAGGAAGCCAUUAUUUUAAUAGUGGACACAAUUUCGAUAAGUAUUGUACUAAUAAUAGUUGUGAUAGUAAUCUCGGAAAAAUUAAUGCUGGAUGUUUAUUUUUGUUUGAUGAAUUCUUUAAGGAUUCUGAUAAUUUUAAAUAUAAUGCAAAAAGUAACAUCAAUAUUGUUGAAUACAUUAUGAUAUGGUUAAGUUAUACGUUAAACAAAACCACAAAUGGAGAAAAAAAUAUAAAUGAAUUUUAUAAUAAAUAUAUAGAAAAUAGCAACUGGUAUAAAAAGAAUAUAGAAGGUGUUACUGCUUAUAAAAAUUAUAAGGAUCUUAUAGAUAGAAAUAAUUAUUUUUUAAGUAUGGAUAAGAGCAUUAUAUCUAAAUUAUAUGAUGCAUUAACAUCAUUAUGUAAUAUUCAUGUUACCGAUGCUGGGCACGUCCCAAAUUGCGAGCAAUGUGCAAAAGCUGCAAAUGGGUUUGUUACAAACUAUGAAGGAGUUAUCAGUGAUUCUAAUAUUACUAAAAAUGGUUUAUAUCGUAAAAUAUUAUCUAUUUUAUAUACUUUAUCAAAUGACUAUGAUAAUUUUAAAAAGAAAAAUAACAAUAGUUCAUCCUUGCCAUCGAUAAAAACAAAGAUUUAUAUGCCAAUAUAUGGAUUUUCAUCAUUAAUUUUCUUGAUAGAAAACAAUUUUUAUAUACUUUUAUUGAUUUUUGGUAUAAUAAUAGUUUUUAUAGGAAUUUAUUAUAAGUAUUCGUUAUCUGGAUUUCGGAAUCGACUUAAAAACCAAUAUUUAAGGAAAAAACUAAAAAAAAUGAAGAAGGAAUGGACCAUUAAUAUAUGA